UCACAUAAGAAACAAAGUCCGUGAAAAAUAGGAGAUUGUCGAAGUUAUGAAAAAUGAGAGAGAAAAACUUAUUUAUUUGGCUAAGCUCGCCUGCAAAGCUGAAAGAUAUGAUGAUGUGAUGAAAGCGAUGAGAAAAGUGUGUGAGCAUGAUAAAGAGCUAAGCGAAGAGGAGAUAUUUCUAUUGAAAACUGGGUACAAGAAUGUGAUGGAGACUAAGAGAGCUUCAUUGAGAGUAAUAUCAUCCAUUGCAAAAAUAGAAGCCGAGAAAGGAAACGACCAAAAAGUGAAAAUAAUCAAAGAAAAACAAGAAAUGGUUAAAGAUGAAUUUUUCAAUGUUUGUAAUGACAUUUUGUUUCUCAUUGAUGCUCAUCUCAUUCCAUCAACUACCAAUGUGGAAUCAACUGUCUUUUUUUACAGAAUGAAAGGAGAUUAUUUUCGAUAUAUGGGAGAGUUUGGUUCUGAUGCUGAAAGUGAAGAAAUUGCUGACGGUUCUCUUGAGGCAUAUAAGGUUGCAAUGGAAAUGGCAGAGAAUAGUUUAGAACCCACCAAUUUGGUUAGACUUGGGUUGGCUUUGAACUUCUCGGUUUUCACUUAUGCGAUUCUUAAUUCCACUGAAAGAGCAUGUAAAUUGGCUAAACAAGCUUAUGCAGAAGCAAUUGCCGAAUUCGAUGGCCUUGACAAGGAAAAAUACGAAGAGAGCAUAUUUAUCAUAGAUAUGCUGAAAUAUAAUCUUUCUGUGUGGUCGUUAGACAAAGCUUUUGAUAAUGAAAUCCCGAAAAACAAGAAAGACGAUUAGAACAUGUCUUUUGGGACUAUGAAGUUUGAUAUGAGAUUAUUAUUAGACUCAUAGCUUGUGUUAAUAAGGUUUGAUAUUUGUAUACAGAACUAAUUUUAAGAGUCUUCUUAUUAACAACAACUCAUAUAAACUCAAAUAA